CCGCGUUCCUCUCUCCUACUUCGGCAACUUUCAGAUACUCAGGUUCUCAGACGCAGAAAGGUAGAUGGACGAGGGAUCAACCGGAGCCUUAGUUCCGGCGGUGAAGCCGGAGCCAGUUUCAUCUUCGAUUUCAGCGCCGUCGAUUCCCGAUUGCUCACUCGCCGAGCUCGAUACCGCCGCGGAGGUUCCAUCUCAGCUGGAUAAGGACUUCCUCUGCCCGAUUUGCAUGCAGAUCAUUAGGGAUGCAUUCCUCACUGCCUGCGGCCACAGUUUCUGCUAUAUGUGCAUCAUCACGCAUCUCCGUAACAAGAGCGAUUGCCCUUGCUGUGCUCUCCACCUCACUUCCGAUCAGCUCUUUCCUAACUUCUUGCUUGAUAAGCUACUGAAGAAGACUUCUGCUCAUCAAAUAGCACAAACUGCAUCCCCAAUUGAACUUUUUCGCCGUACUUUACAAGAGGGCUGUGAUGUGUCAAUUAAGGAGUUAGACUCCCUCUUGGCAAUGCUUUCUGAGAAGAAGAGAAAGAUGGAACAAGAAGAAUCUGAGAGAAACAUGAAAAUAUUAACAGACUUCUUACAUUGCCUAAGGAAGCAAAAAGUUAACGAGCUCAAUGAGGUGCAAACGGAUCUUCGGUUCCUCAAGGAGGACAUAAGUGCAGUGGAGAGACAUAGGAUGGAACUGUUUUGCGCAAGGGACAGAUACUCCAUGAAGGUAUGUAUGGCUGGUGAUGAUAUGAAUGCAAGAAAACCUUGGUCAUCAUUAGCGGAUAAGAGAAGUGAUGGGCCUACCUCUACUUCUCUGAACACCUGGGGUGUUGUGUCUGCUGGGAAUUUUCAAAAUAAGAAAGCAGAUUCAAGGAGUCAAGUUAGCUCUUAUGGACUCUACAAAAAGGAUGCAUUGAAUGGGCCAGAACCACAUCUGAAUCCUACCGGUCUAUCUGUUGCAAGGAAAAAACGUGUCCAUGCACAGUUCAAUGACCUCCAAGAAUGUUAUCUGCAAAAGCGACGUCAAUUGCCAAAUCAACUGCCUGACCAGGAAGAAAAGGAUAAAAAUGUUAUACGCAGAGAAGGAUACAGUGCAGGCCUUUCAGAUUUUCAAUCAGUGUUGACUACCUUCACACGAUACAGUCGCUUGAGAGUCAUUGCCGAGCUUAGACAUGGGGAUCUAUUUCACUCCACCAACAUAGUAUCAAGCAUUGAAUUUGACCGAGAUGAUGAAUUAUUUGCUACUGCUGGAGUUUCUCGAUGCAUAAAAGUCUUUGACUUCUCUUCGGUUGUAAAUGAACCUACUGAUGUCCACUCUCCUAUAGUGGAAAUGUCAACACGAGCAAAACUAAGUUGCUUGAGUUGGGACAAGGUAUCAAAACACAUUAUCGCUAGCAGUGACUAUGAGGGUAUAGUAACAAUUUGGGAUGUAAAUAAAGGGCAGAGUGUGAUGGAAUGUGAAGAGCAUGAAAAACGUGCGUGGAGUGUUGAUUUUUCUCGUACAGAACCAUCAAGGCUGGUGUCUGGUAGCGAUGAUUGCAAGGUCAAAGUUUGGUGCAUGAAACAGGAGGCCAGUGUCCUCAACAUCGACAUGAAAGCCAAUAUAUGUUGUGUCAAAUUCAAUCCUGGAUCUGGCAAUCACAUUGCAGUUGGUUCAGCAGAUCAUCAUAUUCAUUAUUAUGAUCUAAGAAACAUCAGCCAUCCACUUCACGUCUUCACGGGUCACAAGAAAGCUGUCUCUUAUGUAAAAUUUUUAUCAAACAGUGAGCUUGCCUCUGCAUCUACAGACAGCACUUUACGAUUAUGGGAUGUUAAGGAAAAUCUGCCAGUUCGCACCUUUAGAGGGCAUACAAAUGAGAAAAACUUCGUUGGUCUGACAGUUAAUAGCGAAUACAUUUCUUGUGGCAGUGAAACAAAUGAAGUCUUUGUCUACCACAAGGAAAUAUCCAGACCUCUGACAUGGCAUAGAUUUGGUUCACCAGAUGCAGGUGAUGUGGAGGAUGAAACGGGGUCUUAUUUCAUCAGUGCUGUUUGCUGGAAGAGUGAUAGUCCUACUAUCCUUACGGCUAACAGUCAGGGAACAAUUAAGGUGCUGGUUCUUGCAGUUUAAUAAACUAAUUUGACCAUUUUAGGAAUAGAAAUUCUAUAGGGAUGCGUCUUUAGCUCAACUGUAUGUAAUGUUCACGGUAGUCCAUGUGUUAGGGAAAUAAACACAAAUGAGUCUUUUUCAGUCAAGGUUACGUGUACCAUCGAGAAGCUAGGGGCGCUAUUCCACAAUCCCAGUGACCAUCUAUUCCACUAUCCAUACCCUAUUCACAAUAGUCACUGUGUCCUCGAACCAAUCAUCGCUCUGGAAGCGAGAAUCGUGUCCUUAAAAAUGGUUACGAUGAACUACUGCAUAGAAUGCCAUUGUCCAUAACAAGUCUUUUGGAUAGCUUCUUCACUUGUAUACGAGUCGUAACUUUGGAAGGCAAGGGAGAGCAUGGGGUGGUUUUUGGAGAGUGAGUGAGCCGUGAGUCUGUGAAGAGAAAGGACCGACUAAUGUGCAUCAUUCAAGUAUUUCAAUCUUAUUAUACGGAGAGCUACAAAGUUUUGUUGACCAUAUUUCACUCUAAACUGUAGGAGACUCUUGAUCUUUUUGUUUAUAAAGUUCUUGAUAAUUACCAA